CAUCAUACCUCGCGUGGCCAACGGCUCUCCCAACCGAAAGCUCGUUCAAUGAAUUUUCGUCGUUGCUCUACACUGGUCGAUUUCGUGAAAUACUUUGAAAAAAGCCCGGCCAGGCAAGAACGUCGAAACGCUCUUAUGCCACAGACGUCACCGUCCUUCACUUUGUUUGACUAGGGCGUCGGAGCGCGCGUUCCUGGGCUCGUUCCCCUCGGUUUUGGUCGUGGAGGCAGGGGGACUUACGGCGCUGGUCCCGGGAUGAUGAUGGAGCUCGAGUCAACCAGUAACAGGGGUGAACUAGGAGCUGUGGGUGACCCGCUGCAGCCACAGACACCGAGCAGGCAUGAAAAAAGUCUGGGACUCCUCACUGCUAAGUUCGUAACUUUGCUGCAAGAGGCCAAGGAUGGAGUUCUGGAUCUGAAAGCUGCUGCAGACACAUUGGCGGUGCGGCAGAAGCGGCGGAUCUAUGACAUCACCAAUGUGUUAGAGGGUAUUGGGCUCAUUGAGAAAAAGUCCAAGAACAGUAUCCAAUGGAAGGGUGUGGGCCCUGGUUGUAAUACGAGGGAGAUAGCAGAUAAGCUUAUUGACCUGAAGGCAGAACUUGAUGAUCUGGCCAUCAGAGAACAUGAGCUGGACCAGCAGAGAGUUUGGGUGCAGCAAAGCAUAAAAAAUGUCACAGACGACUCCAACAACAGUCCUAUGGCAUACGUGAAACAUGAGGACCUCUGCGGAGCGUUCAAAGGUGACACACUUCUUGCAAUACGCGCUCCCAAUGGCACUCAGCUAGAGGUGCCCAGGCCAGAUGCUGUUAUGAAUGGACAAAGGAAAUACCAGAUCCGUUUGAAAAGUUCUUCUGGCCCGAUUGAGGUUUUACUGGUUAACAAGGACCCGUCCAGUGCCUCUCCAGUUGUUGUGUCCGUGCCUCCUCCAGACGAUGUACUUCAGAGCCUUCCGGCACCAACAUCAUCCUCCCAUGUCCAGACGGCGGCUUUAAUUACUAAAGCAGUUCCAGAACCUAUGAAAACUGGUUCUUCUAAUGCAUCAGCCAUCACUCAAUCAACCUCAGGGAUAGAAGCAACGAGCGCCACGCCACUCAGUCCCACCAUUGCUGCCCCUCCUGCCAUUUCGCAACAACUUCAAUCAUCCGCCUCCUUGGAUGGAUCUGUGUCGUCAUCAGCUUCCACAGUCUUUGAACCAAUGAAGUCGGACCCAUCUGAAUUGCUGGACUUUCCCAAAGAGCUUUCAGAAAUGUUUCAUCCAACUAAAGAGAUCAUGAGUGGGGAUUUGUUGGACGACUUGAUGGCGUCAGAAGUGUUUUCCCCUCUGCUGCGUCUGUCACCUCCACCAAGUGACCAUGACUACAUAUACAACUUGGAUGAGACAGAAGGCUUAUGUGACCUCUUUGAUGUCCCUAUUUUAAACCUCUGACCCAAAGACAGACGGCACUGUGGCAAACACAUUCUACCCCCUUGUUCCCCAAAGGUGAGCAUGAAACAGUUUGAACCGGAUCUGGGUUGACGGACUCUUUUCAACGGGAGCUCAACCUGAACUCUGUAGUUCACCACUUCAACCACAUGAGGAGAAGACCAUCAAGAUCAAACAAUUGUUUUCUCAUCUUUUCCAAUAAUCAAAACAACUGAAAAAGUCUAUUUUUGGAUUAUUGUUUAUAUGUAUGUAAGUGUUGCAUUCAAAUAUGUACUUGCAGCUCAAUUUCUGAAGGCUUAAUGCCGGUGUACAUAUUAUGUGAAAUGUUUAUGAUAAAGUCAAGUCCAGUGUCUUCAGGAAAAAAAAAAACUAUCAGGUUCAUUGACAUGGCAACAUAAUGGAGCGCGGCCUUUAUCACCAGACACCUGCUCACACAUGGCUUGAAUCGGAAGCAACUGAUUAUACAUAUAUGCACUCUUGUACAUAAAGAAUAUAUAUUUUGUUUUAGCAAACAAGUGUAUUGUCUAACAAUCUACAUUUGUAAAAUAAAUAGUUAGCAAAUGACGAUACCAGACUCAAACAUCUUAAGUAUUUUAAUCAUAAAAAUGUUUUUUUUUUAAAAAAAGUUAUUUUUUUCAUAAUCAAAAUGGGAAACUUUCAAUAAGUUACAUCAGUUUCCCUGAUUUCUCUACAGAAGAAACAUGCAAAGGACCAAAAAAAUAAAACGGGGAUGGGUGGAAUGUUGACAUUUGAAAACUUCUAUUCUCUUAACUCCCCCCCUUCGAUAGUAGAAAAGUGCAGUGUGUUUUUGGAGAAUUUGGAUACAUAUAUAUAUAUAAACGGCUCAAGACUUCAGCUUAAUGUGCUUUAUUUUCAAAGUCCUUGCAAGUCUUACUGCUAUUUAUAUGUAUCAUAAGAUUUUUGCCGAACACCAACUUCCCUCUGCUUUUCAAAUUAUGAUUUGCCUUGCAGCUAUGUCGAGUAAUUGUCAUGUAUUUUGUUUUGUUGGGUGUAAAAAACAUGUUUAUACUCCUCAUUUGUGCCCAGAAAAGUAGAUUUUUUUUUUCUAGUAUUUCUGAAAUGCUGCCUUGUUUUUUUCCACCUUUUUGUAAGUACUUGGGACAAGCCUGCUGUUUCUGUUCAUCCCAAUUGUCAUAAAUCUAAAUGUUGUAGACUAAAAUCUGGUGCAUUUUUAUUUCCUUAGACACUGUACAUACCCGAAAUAGAAUGGAUUUGUUGUCUGCUACAUAUCUUAAAGGAUUGUUGUGACAAUUUGAGGCUCUACAAAUUAAAAUAUAUGGAAUUUAUCGCCACUACUUGCUAGAUCAUCAAAGCAUCCUUUCUCGAUGCACUUUACAUCACCACAGCCAGAGUGGCUGUUUCUUAUUCAGUCCUUGACCGCCAGCCAGCCAUUGUUUUGCGACUAAUUCUUCAAAUAUACCAAGAGUCUUAUUAGGGCGUUAAGCGCUCAGCACGACUGGAUGAAUAAAGUUUGUAUUUGUUUAAAUUGACAUCUGGCUAGCUGUACUGCAUCAAAUAAAGUUUGUAUUUGUUUAAAUUGA